AUGGCGGCGGAGGAGGCUCUCUUCUCUUCCCUCCCGCGCCAGAUCGCUGUGGAACUUAAUUUACAGAAUGACUGCACAGUUCCAUUCCAUCAUCUAAUUAACUCGGGCAACUUCCUGCACGGCGGCGCGACAGGGUCGCUGCUUGACUUGGUGGGCUCUGCUGUCUUCUACACCACUGUGGCACAAACCAGGGGCUUGCCACUAGGGAUAAACGUCUCCUACCUGGAUGCGGCAUUUUCGAAUGUAGAGAUUGAUAUCGGAGCCAAGGUGCGCGCCGUAAAAGCAGUAGGAGUGGCUACUGCGGAACUGAAGAAAAAAUCUGGCAGAAUCAUCGCUCAGGCCCGCUAUUCCAAGUAUAUUGGUGCAUCUAGUAGACUGAAGGCGACCCUGCCAUGUAAGUUGUAA